UCAAAUGUCUUAUUUUAAUCAGUUUUCAACUAAGGUUUUUAAACAUUUUAUUCUGAUCUUUCUAUCACUUUUAAUACCUACAUCAUUACGUUAUAAACAAAGAUUUUUCACAUAGUAAUGAUAUCGAUUUCAUAAUAAACAAAAUGUUCUUUCGAAGACGAAGCGCCGCACCUAAAUUUUUCAUAGCAGCGGUAAUUGGAGCUGUAUUGUAUAAUGAAUUGUUCGUGUAUCACUUGCAAACCAUUUACUGGAACGUCUUGAAGUGUCCAAAAGACAACUUGUCCUGUACAAAGAUAAUGUUUAUAGCUGAUCCUCAGAUACAAGGGGACACGGCGGUAUCGCCGCCUUUGAGUUACCUUUUCAAUUGGGAUAGUGAUAGGUACUUGAGGUCAACCUUUGCUGUGGCACUGAAUUAUUUCCAGCCUGAUGUGUUAGUUUAUCUGGGCGACCUCAUGGAUGAAGGCUCUAUAGCAACUAUAGAACAAUUCCAUGGCUAUGUUAAACGACUAUCCAAUAUAUUUCAAGUCUCUUAUCCUGUUAUUCAAGUAUGGUUACCAGGAGAUAAUGAUAUUGGUGGGGAAAAUGAACCAAUCCAAAGUGAAAAGGUGAAAGAAUUUGAGGCUGUGUUUAACCAGCCAGACAUAAUCACCUACAAAAACAUAUCAUUCUUCAAAGUUAAUGGCAUCACAUACACCUACCCACAUGGCACUGAUGAUGAUAAUUACAAAAUUAUUGUUUCACAUUACCCAGUUCUGUGGAAAACAGUCUUUGGUAAACAGGUGAAUGAUGCAAUACAACCUAAUAUUUACUUUUGUGCUCAUGAGCAUAAAUCCAAAUAUGUGGUUAAAGACAAAGAGUUGAGGAACAUUGCUGGUCAUGCUUUGAGGCUGGACGAUGACAUACUGACUGUGCACAGAGAUGGUGAUCUUUAUGAGAUAUAUGUACCAACAUGUUCCUACAGGAUGGGAACCAAUCGCAUUGGUUAUGGUGCUGCUAUAGUUGAGAACAACCAGCUGCUGCGGUACACGGUGCUGUGGUCUCCACAAAGAUUCAUAGAUUUAUUUGUGUAUGCUGGCAUUUUGAUAGUGUUUAUUGUAUACAUUUUUGUUUUUACCCUGUCCAGAAUGAUAUUUCGAUGUAGCCCGGCUCAGAAAAGCGAUGCAACUGUACCUUUAUUGCAAAUUAUUAAUUAACAGUUAAUUAUCAGCGUACAAGUUAUACUCAUUCAC